UGUUAAAUUAUGGGAGUCAAAUUAGCAAAAUAAAAUUACUAUUUUUCAUCCGGCGAAGGCGGCUGCAAUACAACGCUCCGCUCUUCUCUAUAUAACGCAAGUCCCCGUUCAAACCAAUCCAGAUCACUCUUAGCCACAGAAAAAGAACACCAAGAAGAAGAAGACGACGACGACAAACAGGGAGAAGGAAUCCCAAAUUACCGAUCGACGGCGAGCUUAGCAGCUUUACAUGGCUGUAGAUCAAGCACUGUCAGUGUCACGAACUACUACAACAACAUCAACGAUCAAAAAAAGAUGGCAACGGUGGCUCUUGGUGUUCCUCAAUAUCUUCUUCCUCCUCACCGGCCAAACGGUCGCGACCCUUCUCGGAAGAUUCUACUACAACCAAGGAGGCAACAGCAAAUGGAUGGCCACACUCGUCCAAAGCGCAGGCUUCCCUAUUCUCUUCAUCCCUCUUCUCCUUUUCCCCUCAAACCGACAACCUCCUUCGCCAGCUGCAGCAGCCACACCUCCUGCUCUUCGCCUGAAGAUUGCCUUAAUAUACCUCGGUCUGGGCAUCAUCAUCGGCGUCGAUAACUUGAUGUAUUCCUACGGUCUUUUAUAUGUUCCGGUCUCGACUUACUCUCUGAUUUGUGCCACUCAACUGGCAUUCAAUGCCGUCUUUUCCUACUAUCUGAAUUCCCAGAAGUUCACUUCUUGCAUACUGAACUCUGUCGUCCUCUUGACACUCUCCGCUGCCAUACUCGGCUUCAAUGAAGCCGCCGAAACCUCCGGAGGCGUUCCGAAGGGGAAGUACGUGCUCGGGUUCAUGCUGACAUUAGGAGCGUCAGCUACGUACUCGCUCAUCCUCUCCCUGAUGCAGCUCUCGUUUCAGAAGGUGAUCCGAAAGGAGACUUUCACAGUCGUGUUGGAGAUGCAGAUCUACACCUCUCUCGUGGCGAACUGCGUCGCGGUCGUGGGCUUGUUCGCGAGCGGGGAGUGGAAGGGCUUGAAGGGCGAGAUGGAGGGGUUCGAGAAGGGGAAGGUGUCCUACGUGAUGACUCUGGUUUGGACUGCCCUCUCGUGGCAGUUGGCGUCGGUCGGCAUCGUGGGGCUAAUCUUCGUGGUGUCUUCUCUCUUCUCCAACGUGAUCAGCACCCUCGCGCUGCCAGUUGUGCCGGUGUUUGCUGUGAUCUUCUUUCGUGAGAAGAUGGACGGGAUCAAGGUUGUGGCGAUGCUGCUUGCCAUUUGGGGUUUUGCUUCUUACAUGUAUCAGGAUUACCUAGAUUACCGCAGAGCUAAGAAAGCUUCGGAGCAUGUUGAGCGUCUCUCUGAUCACGGCGGCGGCGGCGGCGCCUGAAGUUCAUGACCAUUUUCGGAUCACUGUAUUGUAUGAAUAAGUGAAGAUUUUCCUUCUAGAAUAUAAUUAAGAAGCAGUGUAUUACAAAGCGAGGUGAUGAUGCAUGGGCCGGAGCAGCAACAAGUGGCAUAGUAAGCGAUAUGAGCGAGGCGAGGGAUUUAAAGCUAAAUCUGAAAUCCCUGCAGUGUUAUUUGAACAUGUUUUUUAUUUUACAGGCUUGAAUUCAAAGACACGGUAACAAAAUUCAAAUAGUUUAAAUUUCACUGGUUUAUGUCCCAAUGGUUUAUGUAAGGUCAUGUCGUUACAAUGAACAUAUUUAGAGAAGGUUGAAUAUUUCAUAGCUGACAAA